CACCUUUAUUGAAGGCUUCGGUUGACCGCAAGGCAAUUCAACAAGUGUGCGUAUAUAGGGCCGCAAAUGCGAAAGCUUUCACCUGAAUUCCGACCACAACAGCAAAAUCCGUAAACGAGCAAAACGGCAGAGCUAAAGCAAAUAUGCUUGCUUCCGUCGCCACAGUCUCCUUCGUUCGUUGCGUCCGCACGUAGCUCUUGAGCUCUCAUUUCGCCAUAGCUGCUGGAGCUGCUCGGUCGUUUUCGCGCUCGGUGAAUCGGCUCCACUCGUCGCCCACUUCCGUCUUUUUUGAGCUCGUUUCGUGGGUCGCUGGUUUCCGGUCUGCGGGUGGGAAUAUAGUCCCUCGCUGACGUUCAACUGCAACAGGUGUAUCCACGCCAAACCGAAGACUGUCGGAUAAAGUCUUAAACUUCAACACAUCCGGCAACCCGCAAGAUGCACAAACGCAACGCGGCUAAUUAAGAGUUCAGAGUGCGGAAAAACACGGAUAUCUGGAUAUCUUCGAGGGGGGAAAUGAGCCGCCCAUUAUGUACUUAGGAUCUGUCGGCGGUAACGACAGAGAGCCAUGAAAAAGCACACAAACCUGCACCGGAAGGAGGUCACUUGGCGCUCAAGGAGGGGCACUAAGUGCCUGACAUUCGAGUUCCUAUUCCGGUUGCUCUACAACCAUCUGUUGCUAACAUCGAUGUUUGGCCCGGAUUGCGUAUACGCCACGAGUGCCGUCGGCAAGGCGUUGAGUGCAAGCAACUGUCAUGACAUCCACCACGGUUUCGAUGUCUUCCCCAAUCCCAAUCCCACUCCCGCUCUCAAUGCUGUCGAUUCCAAUCCCAACACCAGUUCCAAUGCCACUGCCAUGUGGCUGGGUCAAUCGACGGACACGCCUGUGACCCUGACUUUGCCGCCCUCCGCCUGGAAGUGUUGCUGCUGGAAUGCGAGCAAUCAAAACGAGGAGGUGGAAUGCCGUUGCGAGGGCGACGGUCUGAACCGCGUGCCGCAAACGCUGAAGCUGCCCCUCCAGCGACUGACCAUCGCAUCGGCCGGAUUGCCACGCCUCCGCUACACUGGGCUGAAGGUCUACGGGCCCACAUUGCUGGAUGUGACCUUCACCGACUGCCUGCAGCUGGAACUGAUACAGGACGGCGCUUUCGCUAAUUUAACGCUAUUGCGCACAAUCUACAUCUCCAAUGCACCCAAGCUGACCUUUCUAUCGAAGGACGUCUUUGCUGGCAUUUCGGAGAGCGUAGAAAUAAUACGCAUCAUAAACAGCGGGCUUACCAGAGUUCCGGACUUGGGCCACCUGCCCCCGCAUAAUAUUCUGCAAAUGAUAGAUCUCGAUAAUAAUCAAAUCUCUCGAAUAGAUACUAAAUCCAUUAAAGUUAAGACUGCCCAAUUAAUUUUGGCAAACAAUGAUAUAAGCUACGUCGAUGAUUCUGCCUUCUUUGGCUCAAAAAUAGCAAAACUCUCCCUGCAAAAUAAUCGAAAGCUUAAGCAGAUGCAUCCAAAUGCAUUUGAUGGCAUUAUAGACAUAACUGAACUUGAUCUCUCCAGCACUUCACUGGUUGGCCUGCCAUCAGUUGGACUUCAGAACAUUGAAGCAUUAUACAUUACGAAUACGCACACUCUGAAAACCAUUCCAUCGAUCUACAAUUUUCGGAAUCUACAGAGGGCUUAUCUCACCCACUCCUUCCACUGCUGCGCCUUUCAGUUUCCAUCGCGUCACGAUCCCCAACGACAUGCGGAGCGAAUGCGGGAAAUUGAAAAGUGGCGGGAGCAGUGCAAAAGUGACCAUGGCUCCCGAAAGGAGAGAUCUGCUUUGGAUGGAUUCGAAGGUCUUCCGGAGGAUUUCGGCACCUUUGGCAUGCCCGAACAAUCUGGAACGGACGAUACCUCCAUCACAUACGCUUCUUUUGAUUACAUGUCCGAUGACACACUGAACAAAGGUACUUUUCACGAGAAGAUCACCCUUAAUCCGGAGGAUGACAUGACCGCUGAACUUUGUGGGAAUUUUACUUUCAGAAAACCAAAUAUAGAAUGCUAUCCCAUGCCGAACGAUCUUAAUCCUUGUGAGGAUGUAAUGGGCUACCAAUGGCUUCGCAUUUCCGUCUGGAUUGUGGUUGCUCUGGCUGUUGUGGGCAAUGUGGCUGUGCUGACAGUAAUUCUAUCGAUUAGACCCGAAUCGACGCCUGUGCCACGUUUUCUGAUGUGCCAUCUGGCUUUUGCUGAUUUGUGCCUGGGAGUUUACCUGCUGCUGGUGGCCUCCAUCGAUGCCCAUUCGAUGGGGGAGUACUUUAACUACGCCUACGACUGGCAGUAUGGUCUCGGCUGCAAAGUGGCCGGCUUUCUCACCGUGUUCGCCAGUCAUUUGUCGGUCUUCACGCUGACUGUGAUUACCAUCGAACGAUGUAUGGCGAUUACACAGGCGAUGUACCUGAACCAUCGCAUCAAGUUGCGUCCUGCUGCGAUAAUCAUGCUCUGCGGCUGGAUCUACUCCAUGCUGAUGUCCUCGCUGCCCCUGUUCGGCAUAAGUAAUUACUCCUCGACCAGCAUCUGCCUCCCUAUGGAAAACCGCGAUGUAUUCGACACGAUGUAUCUGAUUGCCAUUUUGGGCUGCAACGGCGUGGCCUUCUCCAUCAUUGCCGUCUGCUAUGCUCAGAUAUAUCUGUCCUUGGGUCGGGAGACACGACAGGCGAGACAUAAUAAUCCAGGAGAAUUGAGUGUGGCCAAGAAGAUGGCGCUUCUAGUCUUUACAAACUUUGCCUGCUGGUCACCUAUUGCUUUCUUUGGACUCACUGCUUUGGCUGGUUAUCCACUUAUCAAUGUUACCAAGUCAAAGAUAUUGCUUGUAUUCUUCUAUCCUUUAAACUCCUGUGCGGAUCCCUACUUAUAUGCCAUACUUACAUCCCAAUAUCGCCAGGAUCUAUUUACCUUGUUGUCAAAAUUGGGCCUUUGCCGGCAGAGCGCCUUAAAGUACAAGGAUAGCUUAUCUGGUCAGGCCACAACUCGAUUCACUAUCCAUGGAUCCAUUCAGAGGCACGGUUCACUCACCUGCAAAAUGCAGACCGUAAUGGGAACGGAGACCCAGAAAAUGCUGAAGUGCGGCGAGGAUUAUGUUUAAAGCGAAGCUUGAGUAUUCUAAAUACACUUCUUCCACCCCUGUUGUGAUAUCUACAUUUAAACCUUUUAAUUACGCUCUCUUCCGCUAAUUGUUACAGUAUUGUUAGCAUCCCAUGAUUAUUGAUAUUCUAAGAGAAUACGUUUAAUAUACAUUUUCCUGUCGUACUUAAGCCAUUUAGUUAAAACUAAGAAAAGUAUUGCUAAGAGAAAAGAGCUUAUCCCAGUCAAAGUAUAUACAUAUUUGGAUGUCGAAUAAGUGGUUUCCAAUAGUUAUGAGUGUUUUAAGUGUUUUAAGCCGUUUUAAGUGUUUAGUGAUAAGAAAUAUAUUGGUGUAAAAACUA